ACUUGAGAACAUAAUGUUUUAAAGGUGUUUAUUCAUUUAUAUUUUAUUUUUUAUGUUGCACUGACAUGGCUUAAUAGUCCAAUAUACAGUGCUUGCUGCUUUUUAUAUUUCCUUCAUAAAGUCACUAUUAAGUCACUACCUCAUUUGCCUUCUUUAAGGGGCCAUGACGUGCAUAUUUUAUUUUAAUUUUUUCUUCCUUGUGGUUCACUUAUAAUGUUAGUAAAGUAUUUUGCACAAAAAACAGUCAUAAUGUAGUAUACAUGACCUUUUCUACCCUGUUUUUGGCCCUCUGUCUGAAACGCUUGGUUUUCUGUGUACUUUACCUUUAAGACACGCCCACUGUUAUGAUUGGCUAAAGGCAUGUGACAGUAUUCGGUUAUAUGGUAUAUCACCGUAAUUAACAUGCACUAUUUUGUUAUCGUGCGCACUUCAAAAUACUGUGAAUAAUUCUAGAUAACAACAGUCGUUUUUUUACCCUGUCAACAAAUUAAGAUUCACAACAUUGUCUGUAUGUGGCACAAAUGACACAUGCGCACUCUGAUGUAAACAAAAGCAAUGUGGUGGAGAAGCAUGGCUGAAGGAGGAAUGCAGCCGACCCUUUAUCCGCCUUCUAAUAGGGUUAAGGCGGAUGUGUGGAAGUUUUUUGGGUUCCAUAAUAAUGCAGAGGGAUUGAUGGUCAAAGAUGGUUCCCCUUUGUGUAAAACAUGUGGCAGAAAAGUGGCAGCGAAAUACGGGAAAGCCUCCAACAUGUUCGCUCAUCUGUGGGAUGGUUAAGUUGUGACAGUUCUGCUAGUUUUUCCAAACUGUUUUUGAAAACUGAGAGCCAUCACUCUAAGAGACAAUUAGCGAAGUGACAACUAAGAUGACAAAGAAAGUGAACAGUUGUUGCAUUUGCAGGUAAUGUGUAGCUUGCUUUCAAGUGGUCAGAGAGUAGUUCGCUAGAACACCGCUAGCUACACAGUAACUUUUGCGUCUUGCAGUUACAACUAAAAACAGUUGUAAACAAUACUAAGUUCUAUAAUUAAUAAUGGCAAUGUGGUGCAAUGAAGAUUUCAGAAGUAAGUUCAAGUUGGAAUGCAAUGCAAUUGUACGUUACCAUACAUUAAUGAAUGAACUUGUGGUUAUUAGUUGUAGUAAGCACCUAGCUAUAUUUUAGCAACUAGUUUGCUAUCCAGAAAAAGACAUGCAUACUACUGCUGUAGCCUAGUACCUGGCUCAAUAAAAUUAGUUUAGCCUUACUUCAACAUUAGCCUCAACAAGAAAAGGUCUGUCCUGAUCCAGUGGCCCGUGGCAUAAUGACCAUUUAAAUAUUAAGACAUCAACUAAAUGUUAUAUUUGGCUAUGUCUCUAUGGUGUUGAUGGCAGUUUUCUAAAACUUUUCAAAGUUCUUUGUUAUCUGUUAAUUUAAAAGGCCAGUUUGGUAUUUAAAAUUAAUUAAACUUUUUAUUAAUAAAUACAUAAAAAUUAAUUUAAAUAUUAAUAUAAAUUUUGUUUAUCAUUUAAUUUGUUUUGAUAAUGUAAUUCAAAACCGUGAUAAUACCCUAUACCGUGUUAAAAGCUUCAGUAAUUAUCGUGACAUGAAAAUUUGAUAAUGUCACAAGCCUAAUUUACUAACAACAUUGAAAAGUAAACACCCUCCAGCCAUUACAAGUGUGGAACUGUAUUUUCCAAGAAUGAAAGAUUGAAAACUUGCAAGCGAUUUAUGAAAUCCCCUAAAAGCACUCAGUCCAGGCAGUCAUUGAUAUGAACAUAUGAACAUACAGUAUGUCCCAAUGUAUGUGAAGUACAAAAUCAAACUGCAACAGUUGUUUGACUGAGAUAACAAUAGAAAACUGAACAAAACCGUCACACUGUUUCUCCCCAAUACUUAUAAGGCAUACAAGAUUUGGUGAUAAAAUAAUGCUGUUUUAUCCUCGAACGUAAACUGUUGUUACCUUCCUUCUCCACUUCAGCCGCACGGGCCAUCAGUAUGCCCGGAGAGAGAGUGACGUUACCCCACUCAGCGGAGCGAUCUCAGGUGGCCGUGUGUAACUUAAGAGGGACUUAAGUGUUCACUAUACACAAUCCAUUUUGAAAGCAACAGUAAUCCAGUUCAAGCACAGUUCGCUAAGUCCAGUAAGGUGAUGGCAUUUCUUCUCCACCUGCCGAAAGGACUAGCAACAGCAUGCUACAGGGUUUAUUUAUUUUUUUAACAACAGAGCAAUAGUGUAUUGUCAACAAAGUCCCUUUUCCAAGUAAUUAAGUGUCAGUUAGUCCAGACACCAAACCACUUUGUUGGCCUCCUGAUUCUCUGUGGCCUAUCCUUUCCGACCAGUGGUUAGCUCUGGUGCAAUCCUCAAAACUAUUCAGGAACUCUCUCAAUGAACUUGAACCAUCAAACUAACUUUGUCAAUGCGUAAAAAUCCUUACUCUUGGGCUACUGCAUUUCUCUCUGCUGUCAGGUGAUUGAACAUAACAUGUUUGGCGUGGCUUUCUUCCAUGCUGGCCUGGAUCUAGCUUGGGGGAACAACGUUCAUCAGCAUUCACAUAAGCAGCAUUAUUUUCAGUUUCAUGAAUGCCCUGCCAGACUGUACAGGUAUCAUGUUGGCAGCAACGGUGGUUCAUUGGUGAUAUAUCUCAAAACACUGGUUUAGCUGUUAGCUCUUUGCACACAGAGCGUGGGUAAUUCAGAUUCGCCGGUGUACUCUGUAUAUAGCACUGUUUAUAAUUCCACUGUCAUGCAUAAUCUCAUUUUCCACACCACUUUUAAAUGGGUUGGUUUCUCUCUCUGUUCGCUGUAAUAUGUGUGGCUCAUAGUAACAUUUGGGCCUGUUAACUGGAGCUGAUUGAGGACACAGGGCAGAACUUGGCUUGAAUGGAUUGUUAUUACUGUCAGUAUUUGACGUUUGAACCUCCAAUUCAUUCAACCAGUCCACAAAUGUGAUGUUUUUUUGUUUGUUUUGUUUUUACAGACAUGGUAGGAUUCAAAUGACUGCUUGUAUUUACAUGGGAGUAUUUUCUCAUCAUUCCUGCUCCCUAAUGAGUAUCCGCAGUUUUCGUUUUGCUUAAUAAUUCAGAAUGUCCGUAUGACUCACCAAAUGCGACAAACAAAUUACCUUUCAACUCCUCUUCAGCCGUGUGGGCCAUCAGUAUGCCUGGAGAGAGAGUGACAUUACCCCACUCAGUGGAGUGAUCUCCGGCGGCCGUGUGUAACAACUCGUUUUAGUUAAUGUUUCAUGCAGAAUGAUGAGUGGGACUGUGUUCAUCUGAAGCAUACCGGUUUAUUUCCUCAGUACAUCGCAGUAUGAAAGAGUCAUUUACAGGCAUUACAGUGAACAUAACCCCCCAGGUUGCUUAACAGGAACAUAACAAAACAAAACUUCUACACUCUUUUUCUCUAAGAGCCUCGCUGACUGACCAACUACACUACCAUCUACUGGACUACACUGCCCAUAAUUCUCUCUGUUAGAACUACAAACCCCACAGUUUUAUGCUUUUAAAGCAGCAGUCCCCCCCCCCCCCAUGUGAAGGGUAAAUACAUGUGUAUCAAGCUGUAGGGAGAGUGUUAUAACAGACAGUCAGUGCAGGAUUCCCCUGUCUGAUCUCCCGGCUUAAAUACAGUGUCAGGAAAUAAGCCAUGUUUGCCAGCUGGGGAAUCUCCCUCGAAUGAUUCGCCAGUAACUACAGUUACAAUUGUACCACUUUCAGUGUUGCAGUAUCCAAGCUGCUUUCUCUCUCUGUCAACUCUCCAUCCGCGAUGAUUACAUUUUUGAGACGGGGCUAUGCAAAUAACACUGCACUGUGACAUCGCAAUGUAGUUUAUUUCAAAACUAGUCGUUUUUGCAGGGUGGAAAUAAUGAAUGCUCUUUUUGGACUGGAGAGGAUGUUUUUAAGUCUUUUGAGUUCUAAAAUUUACAGUGUUUUUAUAGUACAAUGACCUCAUAUGUCAAAAUAUCAAGGAAAAAUUGAUUCCUCAUGUCAUGACUCCAUUAAUACACCUUAUUGUAUUAUCAGUGCAGGUUAUUCUAUAAAAAAUUAAAAAAAGAUUUGUAAACCUUCAUCAAAAUGUAAUCACUUGCUCCACCUCUGAAACAGCUUUCCUAUGACAUCACCAAGGCCCGGCAGGCGAUUUGAUAAUGUUAACUGGAUAAUGUUAACCAAUGGCCAAAUAUUUAGGCAUUAAGGCUACUGUUGUCAGCAAUGCGGCGUUUCUAAAAUCUUUAGGAUAGACAGUGUAGAUGGCAUAUUUAUUUUGAUGGAAAUUAAAACUGACACAAAUAAAACCUGUGUUGGGGUAUGAUCAAUAUAUUGAACGGUUUUAGGUCAGGUCUAAUUUUCAUGUUUUCUGGUGUUUUUUGUGCACCGUAAUUUAUUUAUUUUAUUUGUUUUUUUGGAAAGGUGUUUUUUCAAUGUUUCAUUGGCUAAACGACUGACACCCAGUUGUACAACAGUACAACCCAGCUUUAUGAUCACACAGGAAAUCUAGAAGUAGCUUCUGACUGUUCAUGUACCCUGAAACUGACCCUAUACUGCUGAAUUACUGACAAGUGCCAUUUUCAUCAGAAAUCUGUGCAUCGUUUCAACCAUGAUCAAGUUUCCCUCUAGCCAGGCGUGCAGUCUCUAAGACAUGAGUUCUAGUCCCAUGGGAACCAGGAAGUAAUCACGUUCACAUAAACAAUGAUUCAAAGUUUAAUUUUUGCUCUAAAAUUAUUUUUUUACUCCACUGAUUAGGUUUAGGGUUGGGGUUUAGGUUAAGGGGUAGAGUUAUUUAAUAUAAUAUGCAUUCCUGUUGACUGUAUUAUGUCAUUUACAACUAAAAAUACUUGCUUUUGGUCCCACUCUGUGGCCAUUUCUCUUUGAAACUGGAGAUCACACGUGCCCAAACAUUAAGAAACGCUCCCAGUUUUGGCCACGGCAGCCAAAACUUGACCCUCUCCUGGUAUCAGUCUUGACCCGAACUCGACCUACUGUGGUCUCGGCCUGGACUUGGAUGCGGAUGAGCAGGUCUCGACUACAACACUGCAUUAGAGAAACAAAAUGGAUUAGUCCAGAUUGGAUGAUGAUGCCAACUGCUACCCUCUGUUUGCUUCUGGGUUCCACCAUCCCACAAGACAACAGGACAGUUGGGCAACACAGCCUUAUGAUGCCCCUCACCCUGGUUCUGUCCAAUCUAUGGAGUCCCCCAGCAGGGUAUUUGACUGUCCAAGCAUCCAGAUCACCUCGAUCCCAGCCAACUGCCAACAGGACCUAGGCGCCAACCAGCUGGCAGGUGCCUGUGGGGAAGGCGGAGAUGGCUCUCUAUCAAGGGACCAGCUAUUCCUACCACUAGAUCCGUCCUACAGGGACUCAUCCUCACUGUGUCCCAGUCCCUGCAGUAGCUUGUCCUCUCGCAGCUGGUUAUCCGACGCCUCAUCUUGUGAAUCCUUCUCGCACGUCUACGAUGAUGUGGAGGCAGAGCUGAAUGAAGCAGCUGCUCGAGUUCGGCUGGCUUCGCCUCUAGUGUCGCCACUGGCAUCUCCUCUUCCGUCCCCCCUGACCUCUCCCCAGGUGUCCCCUCAAGUGUCUCCACUUGUCUCCCCUUUUGGUUCUCCUGGGUGUUGGGCUGCAUAUGGAGAUGACCCUUGGUACCUUUACCAACAGCAACAGCAGCAACCUCUGCAAUACCAAUUUGCCCAGUCACGGCCUUCCUCUCGGCCAACAUCGCCAUGUGGAAAAAGGCGACAUUCCAGUGCAGAGGUCCUUCCGGGUUUGGCCUCUCCUCACCUUUCACCCAACGCCACGCCCUCUCACUCUCCUCGGGGUAGUGUCACGGAGGAGACAUGGUUGGGAGGUGCCACAUUUGCCCCUUACCAGACCCUUCCAUUAGAUAUUGACAUCCCAUCCAAAACAAGAAGAACGUAUCAGACCAACUACAACCAGGAUAAAGUGUCUCUGUUGCCUGGACAAGAGGACUCAUGUCUUACAGAACAAGACCUUGCAAACCCAUCACUAAUCUCAGGCAUAGCUGUGUCCCUUCCCAGUUUGAAGAAAGAGGACUUAGUGGAACAUUUUUUAGCCGUCCCAACACACUUCCCUUGGGCUAAACCUAAACAAGUCAACACUCCUUUAUACAGGUCCACAUCUUUACCUCCACUGGAUUGUCCUCUUCCUAGCCAGUUUGGCCAAUGUGAGUUAAAAAUGGAGAUCCAACCUAAAUCUCACCACAGAGCCCAUUAUGAGACAGAGGGCAGUCGAGGAGCCAUUAAAUCAGACAGCGGAAGACACCCUGUUGUAAAGCUUAUAGGAUACAAUGAGAAACCCGUGAGCCUACAGAUGUUCAUCGGAACAGCAGACGAGCGUUAUAUCAGGCCACACCUGUUCUAUCAGGUGCACAGGAUAACAGGGAAAACUGUAGUGACGCCCACUCAGGAGACAGUGAUCGCCAACACCAAAGUUCUCGAAAUUCCUCUCCUGCCUGAAAACAACAUGUCUGCCAGUAUUGACUGUGCUGGGAUACUGAAACUACGGAACUCAGACAUCGAGUUGCGGAAAGGAGAAACGGACAUCGGCCGUAAGAACACACGUGUGCGUGCUGUAUUCCGUGUUCACAUCCCUCAGCACAAUGGAAAAAUGCUGUCACUGCAGGUGGCCUCUGUACCCAUAGAAUGCUCUCAACGCUUGGCUCAGGAGCUUCCCCAGAUCGAGGAUUUCAGUCCUGCCUGUGGAUCCUUGACUGGAGGAGAGGAGAUGACAAUCACUGGCCCAAACAUCAACCCAGAGUCAAUAGUCAUCUUCCAAGAAAAGGGCUCUGAUGGUAAAACACAAUGGGAGGCUGAUGUGAAAGCUAUACCAGAAAAGAGUACAAAUACAAGCAUAGUGGUAAAGAUUCCUCCGUAUUACAAGAAAACCUCAGUUUCCUCCACCCAGGUGCAGUUCUGUGUCAGCAAUGGCAAGAGGAAGAGAAGUGCCUCACAGUUCUUCACCUAUCUUUCAGCAGUGCAGGUGAAGCAGGAGUUUGGUAAGGGGAAGGACCUUGCCACUAAUGAUCUUGCAGGGCAACAUCCCACCACCUCCCCUGCAGGCUUCAUUACCACCGGCGACCCAAUUCCAACCGAUCAGGUCCAGCCCCUCGAGCAGUGGCUGCUGUCUGGAGGACCAGUCUGUGCUCCAUCUUCAACUUACCUUAGUUACUUACCUCAGCAUCCUUUGUAUCUGAACCAGCAGCAUCUUACAGACAGCAGUCUUGGUACUGGAGCAGACCCCCACCCUAUGUUCCACCACCCAUCAGUGGACUUUACCAAAUCUUCAUACCAGAAACCUCAAGAGAACCUUUCUUACAAGGGACAGUCUAGUCUUCCCAAUAAUGGCGGAUCACUGCAAGGUGGCAAGUCAUCCCAAAUCUUUACUGAGCAACCAAGGUCUCAACGAGGCAAAGGAUUCCAAGUCAUGCCUUCAGAACAGGGCCAUAAUCUUCACCACUUUGGCCUUUCCUUACCUUCCAACCAGUCUGAGUUAACUAACCCAACUGUUGAUAGAUCUGGUCUGCACAUUGUGGAUCUGGUGCAGUUCCCACAGUCCUCCUCAUCCCAGGUGCCUCCUCUUACUAAUCACUCCACUCUUGCUACAGUGCCUUCUAUCUCUUCGUCUACCAAGGAGUGCUCGAAGGACCAUCAACCCCUCAAAGGUACAUCUCUCAAGGUAGCCGGCAAAAGUGUAGACCCAUUGGGUUACAGUACGUCACAAGGUGGAGAAAGCCUUAACAUUAAAGAGGAAUCAGAGGAAAGGAAAGAGCUAACCUUUAAGACCAUAGGACUACAGGAUAUCACUCUUGAUGAUGUAAGUGAGGUCAUUGUCAGAGACUUGUUUGAGAUUCCAGACUCUGGUGAUACCAACAGCGUGCCGUAGCUCCACUCUCAUGGACGAUAGGUCCCACAGAUCUCAAAAUCUAAACGGUGCACCUUCCACCAGACUUUAGUACUGCAACCAUUGCUAACAGUGAAAUGACAAACAGAAGCGUGGACAUCUCAUUAUAACUGCUUUGACUGUGGAAGGAUCAGCCAUCAUGCAUUUAAUGCACUUGUUAAGAAAACAUUUUCUAUGAGCAAUUCCAUGUACAUAAACGUUUCCAGUCUAGUAGAGGUUGUAUAAGGACUUUGAACAUGGUUAAACUGGGCAUAUCAAAUGUGAAUGUAAAAUGUACUUGAAAAUAUACAAGUCCUUUUGUGCCUUAAAGGGAUAGUUCACCUAAAAAUGGAAAGGUCGGAAAUAUUUUUCAAGGUUACAUUUUUGAUUGACUCCAAAAAGUCUUCAGUACUGAAGUACCGAGCAAAUAUAUAUAUAUACAGGUGCUGGUCAUAUAAUUAGAAUAUCAUCAAAAAGUUGAUUUAUUUCACUAAUUCCAUUCAAAAAGUGAAACUUGUAUAUUAUAUUCAUUCAUUACACACAGACUGAUAUAUUUCAAAUGUUUAUUUCUUUUAAUUUUGAUGAUUAUAACUGACAACUAAGGAAAAUCCCAAAUUCAGUAUCUCAGAAAAUUAGAAUAUUGUGAAAAGGUUCAAUAUUGAAGACACCUGGUGCCACACUCUAAUCAGCUAAUUAACUCAAAACACCUGCAAAGGCCUUUAAAUGGUCUCUCAGUCUAGUUCUGUAUGCUACACAAUCAUGGGGAAGACUGCUGACUUGACAGUUGUCCAAAAGACGACCAUUGACACGUUGCACAAGGAGGGCAAGACACAAAAGGUCAUUGCAAAAGAGGCUGGCUGUUCACAGAGCUCUGUGUCCAAGCACAUUAAUAGAGAGGCGAAGGGAAGGAAAAGAUGUGGUAGAAAAAAGUGUACAAGCAAUAGGGAUAACCGCACCCUGGAGAGGACUGUGAAACAAAACCCAUUCAAAAAUGUGGGGGAGAACCACUACGCACAGACGUAUGCAAGACAUGGGUUUCAGCUGUCGCAUUCCUUGUGUCAAGCCACUCUUGAACAACAGACAGCAUCUGAAGCGUCUCGCCUGGGCUAAAGACAAAAAGGACUGGACUGCUGCUGAGUGGUCCAAAGUUAUGUUCUCUGAUGAAAGUAAAUUUUGCAUUUCCUUUGGAAAUCAGGGUCCCAGAGUCUGGAGGAAGAGAGGAGAGGCACACAAUCCACGUUGCUUGAGGUCCAGUGUAAAGUUUCCACAGUCAGUGAUGGUUUGGGGUGCCAUGUCAUCUGCUGGUGUUGGUCCACUGUGUUUUCUGAGGUCCAAGGUCAAUGCAGCUGUAUACCAGGAAGUUUUAGAGCACUUCAUGCUUCCUGCUGCUGACCAACUUUAUGGAGAUGCAGAUUUCAUUUUCCAACAGGACUUGGCACCUGCACACAGUGCCAAAGCAACCAGUAUCUGGUUUAAGGACCAUGGUGUCCCUGUUCUUAAUUGGCCAGCAAACUUGCCUGACCUUAACCCCAUAGAAAAUCUAUGGGGUAUUGUGAAGAGGAAGAUGCGAUAUGCCAGACCCAACAAUGCAGAAGAGCUGAAGGCCACUAUCAGAGCAACCUGGGCUCUCAUAACACCUGAGCAGUGCCACAGACUGAUCGACUCCAUGCCACGCCGCAUUGCUGCAGUAAUUCAGGCAAAAGGAGCCCCAACUAAGUAUUGAGUGCUGUACAUGCUCAUACUUUCCAUGUUUAUACUUUUCAGUUGGCCAAGAUUUCUAAAAAUCCUUUCUUUGUAUUGGUCUUAAGUAAUAUUCUAAUUUUCUGAGAUACUGAAUUUGGGAUUUUCCUUAGUUGUCAGUUAUAAUCAUCAAAAUUAAAAGAAAUAAACAUUUGAAAUAUAUCAGUCUGUGUGUAAUGAAUGAAUAUAAUAUACUAGUUUCACUUUUUGAAUGAAUUAGUGAAAUAAAUCAACUUUUUGAUGAUAUUCUAAUUAUAUGACCAGCACCUGUGUGUAUAUAUAUAUUAGCCUAAUGUGAACUGUAAACAUAAUUAGAACAGGUAACAUCAAUAUGCUUCAUCUCCUUUAGAAAAUAUGUAUAAAGGUCAUUCACAAUUGCUUCUGUCUCCAUGAUGUUAACCUUUGCAUAAAUGGAAAAAAAAAAAAAAACAUAUGGAUUACUUUUAUGCUGCCUUUAUGUGCUUUUUGAGCUUCAAAAUUUUGAACCCUGUUGAUUUGCAUUGUAUGGAGCUACAAAGCUGAAAUAUUCUUCUAAAAAUCUUAAUUUGUGUUCUGCUGAAGAAAGAAAGUCAUAGGCCUACACAUCUAGGAUAUCAUGAGAAAAUGAUGAGAGAUUUUUCAUUUUUGGGUGAACUAUCCCUUUAAACCUGACAUGCCUUUGAUCCUAUUUGAAUGUUUCAUUUGUCUGUAAUUGUCUCUUAAUUAGGACUUUGUAUGUAGUUGAAAUCUACAGAUCAGUUCUUGUAAUGUAUGAAAAUCAAAAGCAGUUUUAGAUUAUUAAUUAUAAAGAAAAGAAAUAUACAUCAGCAUGUAGCAUAUGAGACAGUCCCAUGUUUCAGUUAGCUGAGUGUCACUUUAAUCAACAGUGAUACCUGUUUGACAUAUCAGUAGAUUGUUUUCUCAGACUUUUUCUCAUUGCUUAAUAGUUUUUCAAACUGAAUUUUUAUUUAUGAAUUUUUACUGAACAUAAAAGAGAUUUUGUGA